CACCGUUCGCCCUCACUUGCCAUUCGCCAGCAGCCCAGCGGGCCCCCUGCCGGCGAUCGGCGACUGCAAGCCCCAACCUCCCGCAUCGACUCGCUAACACGUCCUACACCACCAAACUCUCCAUCCUCUCAUCUCUCCUCUACAGGCCUUCGCUCCAUCCACCAGCGCUUUCUCGGCUCUCCCACCCUCUCUCAGCGUGCCCACAGAUCCCCAGGCUGCAACGCCCGCCUGUGCCUGGAUGGCCUGAGUCCGGGCUCGUCCUUCUCUCGGGCUGUCCCCUGCGACGGGUGCAUCCUCGACUCAUUCCCCCUCCUCCCCCUCAGAUCCUACCAAAGAGGCUGUCCGCUGCUCCCCCACUCGCUCUUGUCGCCGCAGUCAUGAGCAGCACUCCCGCGGCGGAAGCCCACGCCGAGGAUGCGGCCCCCGCGGUGCUCGCCGAUUCGCCAAAGGUAUUGGUAGACCUGUGCGACCACGCCAAUGCGCCGUCGGUGCACCGGCAGUCGCCUGGAGCUGCCCACGAUGUUGGCGCCGAGGCGACGACAGUGCAGCGAACGCCCCCGAGUCUGUUGGAGAAGGCUGCGGUGGCGCGUUCGCUGAAGGGCAAAGAGAAGGAGUGGACCGCGGUGGCGGAGAAGAAGCGGCCACUGCAGUUGCUUGACCUCCCCGUCGACAUCCUCAAGGAGAUUAUCGAAAAGUUGCCGCACACAAACGACCUCACCUCCCUAUCGUUAUGCCACUCGGUCUUCCAUGCGCUCACCAUCCCCCACAUCUACUCCCGCUUUGAUAUAGUCUGGCCGGAUGACACAUCUACAACGGUCCAGCGCACCGGCGUUGACGCCCUCACCUAUGGCCUGGCGACGUUGGUCAUGGCCGAAGAGAACUUCGGCGAGGCGCCCUGGCAGAGGGCGGCACAGCAGAACCCAGAUCGUGAGGCGAACCUCGACCCCUACCCGAUUCCCAAGCGACGAAGGGGCAACUACUAUGCAAAGUACACAAAGAAGUUUUCGCUGGGAAACGGACCUAAAGAGUGGGUGCAAGAGUACUUGAUUUCCAAGGAAGGCGGAAAGAUGCUGGGCACGCUGGUUGCGCUGGCUGUGAGCCGCAUGCGCAAUCUAGAAACAUUUGUGUGGGACAUGCCUACUGGCGUGCUAAGAGAUGUGUGGCUUGCUCUGUCUUCUCUAGCGGACAGAGGAGACGGGCAAGAAUGCCGGCUGGAGAAGGUGUGGAUCAGGUGGCACGAUAAUGCGAGCCUAGAUGGGGGCGACAGUGCCCUAGGACCUAUACCUCCCCCGCCACCCAUCAACAACAACGCGCCUCCUCCGCCAGCCGUGAGUAGCGUGCCCGUCCUCGCUGCCAUCAAUAUGACGGGCCACUCCUCGCUCUCUGGACUGCAAGCGAUAGACCGUGUAGAGCAUCCCACCUUCUCGGUUCUCCCUGCCCUGAAGAGCCUGAACGUCAUGGAUAUUGACGAGCUGGCGUACCUCGAUGAAAUGGCCAUCCUAAUCGCUCGAUCACAGAACAAGCUCAGGGAACUGCGAGUUGGUAUUGCUCCUCAGGCGCAACAGAGGGAUUGGGUGGCCGUUUGGGACGGCGAGACACUUCAGCAAGUCGACCACAGUGCUGUACGGCCCAUAGAGAGCAGGCUGGGCGAGAAGAGGCUCGGCGGCGUAUUGGGCAUAUUGUUGGGAAGAGUAUACAACUUACGCAACAACGCGGACACACAGCGCCAUUCACCGACUUCAAGUCGCUCGUUACGUGGCUCGGUGGACAAUAAGAUGAACGGCUCUUUUCAGUCGGCCGCGACAACAACGCAGAUGAUGCAAUCAACCCCGUCAGCCGAGCUGACAGCGCAUGGCUCCCCAUCAGCCGAGCCUUCGCCAGGUGUUCAGUCAAGUUCUGCUUCAACCGUGGAGCCGCACGAGCAAGCCGAAACCCCGGUAGCAGACAGCGUCGAGAGUCCAAACGGCGUACAACAGACGGAGACAAACGCAACGCCUACUGGUCCAUGGAUUACUGGCCGUCCGAUUCCACUGAGAUCAUCAAGGCGGCACGGCCCGUAUCUAAGCGGCAAAUUAAGACUUGACACGUUGGAACUUGAACGUGUGCCCCUGUCUAUACAGAUCCUGCAGAAGGCUCUUGACUGGACCAUGAUCACCAAGCUCACGCUUCUGCAUUGCCAAUCCCACGAACAGCUCUGGCGCAUGCUUCGCCGCAACUAUUCCCCUAGUAGCCCAUACAACUCGGCGCAGCAAUCCAAAGGCGCGAGCGGUAAGGUCCGGCUGGAGUAUGGUCUCAACCUCAAACAAAUCCACACCAAUACCGUCUCACCUUCUCUCAUCACUUUCCUCAAAGAGACCCUAGCCCCGAAUAGUCUACAGGUGCUCUUCCUCCAGGAAGCGCGCAGCUACAAUUCGAGCGUCACAAUCGAUCAGAUCUACCGCGGACCCAUACGGCGGCAUAAGUCGAGCCUGCAAAAGCUGAUGAUUGAUAGCAGUGAGAAGGGAGAUGACGCUUUUGGAAGUACAAGGUGGAGGAGAUGGAUGCUGAACACAGAGAUUGUAACGUAUCUUACGAGCGGGCGCAUGGAAGCACUGAGGGAACUUGGCGUGGCUCUGGAUUACAGAGAUUGGCACCACUUCCUCCAACGGCUACCAAACAUAGCGCAUCUGCGCUCGUUAUAUAUUCCGCACAUAGCCGACCAUCCACACGGAGCCAACAUUGAUCCACGUGACCUCGCCCUGCAAGUUGUUGACAUCGUGACGUUGCGUCCGGAAAUUGAACUGUGCUACAUGGGCAUCGGAUCUAAGUGUUUCGAGAUCUUAGAGAACAGGCCUACUUCAACUCUUCCAUCGGACGCUCAACCUGGCUCUGACGGUUUCCCUCCAGGAGACGCGCCCGGCGGUGGGUAUGCACAACUUGCAGACGGCGACGUCACAGAUGAAGAAGAGCUUGAAGACGGAGGAGAUAUAGACGACGAUGAGGACGCUGGGGAUGAUGCAGUUGGCGGUGUUGUCGGUGACAGCGAUGAGGAUGGCGACGGAGAUGGUUGGGAUGACGGAGACGACGAAGAUGACGACGAGUUCGACACGGAGAUGGUUGGCUCGAAACGCGUGAGAUUGCGGCUUCGGGAGAUUCUGUUCUACGACGACAAGGUUGCUGUGUUUAAGGCGAGGCACGGACGGCUUUGAAAUUCUUGCUGGAACCUUUUUUUUUCUUGGACAUGCCUCUUCUCCCCCCCCUUAGUUGGCGUAGGCUCGGACCACUAUUCUCUUUUACCACCUCCGGUUGGGCAACGGAUUGGCAUCAAUAUUCCCCCAAUAUCAUCACGCGCUUGCUAUGAUCGCGACGGGAUGAGCAUGGCGAAGGCGUUUUCCGCUAUUGAAUCUGCAAUUGCGAUGAGAUUACACUCGACGAAUUGAGACGAAGACAAAUGUGUGCGUGGACAGUGUGGUACGCAGGUCAUCGUGCUGCUUACUGCUGGUGCUUUCACUUUCUAUCUUUUUUAUCCUGGUGGACGUACAAUGCCUUGUAUGUAUGUGUUGUGUAUAUGAACGACAGUCUUAAGUCAAUAUCAUGACUCUCACCGUCGGAGAUACUGCAUUUUUGUGGCCUAGAAAACGUGGAAGGUGGGCUUGAAGUAAACCAGAGCUUUUUGCAGGAAUGAAAGCAUGAAAUACCGUCAGUGCAGCGGAUAGAAGGUCUUUUCAAUAGCGAGAAAGGGCAGAUUGAAGCACUCUUCAAGGUCUUGG